GCUGUUCCCCCUCAAUCUCUCUUGAAAGUUUCCAAGGCACAACAGGCAUGGAUUUUAACGAAAACCGUUCAAUCGUCUGUGACAAUGGAACAGGCUCUGUCAAGGCUGGGUUUGGUGGUGAUGAUGCUCCUUGUGUACUUUUUCCUAGCAUAAUUGGCCGGCCGCGAAACGUGCAUGCUAUGAUUGGCAUUGAACAGAAGGCUAUCUACUUUGGAGAUGAAGCACAAGCAAGGCGUGGGAUCCUCAGUUUAAGCUAUCCCAUUGAGCAUGGAAUAGUGAGAAACUGGGAAGCUAUGGAGAGACUCUGGGAGCAUACAUUUGACAAGGAGCUCAGGGUCAACAUAGAAGAGCACCCUGUCCUCUUAACGGAAGCCCCGCUGAAUCCCAAAACUAACAGAGAGAAGAUGGUGGAGAUCAUGUUUGAAGGUUUCGAAAUCCCAGCCACGUAUAUAGCCAUUCAAGCUGUGCUCUCCUUGUAUGCCAGUGGCCGAACCACAGGAAUUGUCAUGGAUUCUGGAGAAGGAGUCACUCAUGUAGUCCCAAUCUAUGAGGGCUAUGCACUUCCACAUGCCGCCCAACGGCUUGAUUUAGCUGGUAAAGACCUUACAGACUACCUCACCAAGAUCCUAACAGAAGAAGGAUACAUAUUCACAACAUCAGCAGAAAGAGAAAUUGUCAAGGACAUAAAGGAGCGACUUUCUUAUGUUGCAAUGGAUUUCGAAAAAGAACUUGGCGUGUCAAGGCCCGAGUGCUCCGAGCUGGACAAGCAAUACGAAUUUCCUGAUGGGGAAGUUAUAACUAUUGGAGCAGGGCGGUUCAAGUGCCCGGAAGUCCUGUUUGAUCCAAGAAUGGUGGGAAUGGAGUCUGGCGGUGUCCAUGAGAUUGUGCUGAGGUCAAUUAGAAGGUGUGAUAUGGACAUCAGGAGAGAGAUGCUUGGUAAUGUGGUACUUAGUGGGGGCACCACUGUGAUACCAGGCCUCGCUGAUAGGUUGGCUAAAGAGCUGACCUUACUGGCACCUCCUGGGGUAAGGGUGAAGGUGGUUGCACCACCAGAAAGAAAGUACAGUGUUUGGAUUGGUGGCACCAUUCUGGCUUCAUUAAGCACAUUUCAGCAGAUGUGGAUAACUAAGGAAGACUACAUGGAGUCAGGUCCUUCUAUUGUCCACAUGAAAUGCAUUUGA